GUCACGUGAUUGCAGUCAGGACCGGAUAGGCGGCUGCACUGUUUACCUUUUAGCUACGCACAGAUGUAUUUUUGGUCUGUUUCUUUCUAGUUUUCGUUUUUUAAAAUGUAUUCUCAUGGUUCAGAAAGCCUGAUUAGACAAGCGAGAGAGAUUCAAGACUCAGAGCUCCAGAAGUUCUACAGCAGGCUUGUAAAGUUGCUCCAGUUCAAGGAGGUCAGCCAUGAGUUGGUGGACUCCCUGCAUCGCCUCUACCUCAUCCUUUCCGCCAACAAGUACUCCAGAACGCUGCCCUCAGAGCUCCAGCAGAACCUGGUGCCGCUGCUCUCCUCCCCUUCAGAACAGCUGCAGGUGCUGAGUUCUGCAGUGCUCAGGGAAACACUGCCCCCGUGUGGUGAAGAGAAGAACAUCGCUCAGCUGAACAGCCACGCUGCCGCUCUGCUGCUCUCUCAGGCCGGAUCAAAGGACGACCUGUCCGAUCUGUGCGCUCAGCUCAUCCGCAGCCUGGAGAUUCGGCCGCCUGACGGUCCAGCUCCGUCGCUCAUGCACACCCUUCCGUUUGUCAACAGCAUCCUCACACAUUGCCCAGAAUGCCUCACUGCAGAUCACGUCAUCCUGCUGAGUAAAAAGCUUGUUGAUUGGCUGCGCUAUGCAAGCAUCAUGCAAGUGGGCGGAGCCUCCUCUGGGGGAUUCUUCUCAGGGUCCAGGUCUCGCCAGCCGGCGCCCAUCGCAGAGCUGGACGGGACGGUGUCGGGGGAUUUCUUCACGGUGCUGUGCGUGGGGCAGGGAUUCACUGAGGACCAGUGGAUGAACGUCUAUUCCUUCUCUGUGCUGCGCCACUGGCUUCUCACCUACCGCGGGGUUUCCAACGACAGCAUGGUAGUAGAUGCCGCAAACAGGCUGCAGCUCAGCCUCUCCUUCUCCCACUCCUUUUCCAAUGACGAUCGGUCGGAGGUGGACGGGUCGGUGGUUUCCAUGGUUUCGGCCACCUCCUCCUCCAGCCGCCUGCUUUCUCCAAAGGAGCGCCUGAGAGAGAAAUCCUUCCAGUACUGCCAGCGCCUCAUCGAGCAGUGUGAUCGAAAGGCCCUCAAGAAAACCGACACGGAUCUGCAGAAAGCGUGCCUGGUGGAGGCCGUCUGCAUCCUGGACCUCUUGUGCGCUGAAGACCCGUCUCUGGUCUACAGAGUGUUCCCGUGCGUCAAGGCCCUUUUUGGUCGACUCAGCUCCGACCUGUCGUUUGCCAGAGUGCUUGUGCCCGUGGCGCAGUUCUACCUCAACCACGGUGAGAUGGCAGCAGUGGACUGUGAGAGCGUGUGGAAGCUGGUCUUCAGCCAGUUUCCUGCCGAGCUCUUCAACGACCCCUUCCUGGCUCACGACUUCCUGCGUUUCCUCCGGUUGAACCUGGAGGGUCUGCAGCGCGCGGCUCCACACUUCACACGCUACUUCCCCAACUUCCUGAAGUUCCUAGCGUGGGACAGCCCGGCCACGCUGGAGGACUUUGUGGAUCUGCUGCCCUCUCUGGUGACGGCUGGAUCUGCGGUAGAGCUGCUGCACACUUUGCUGGACCUGCCCUGUCUCUCUGCCACGCUGGUUCUGCAGCUCAGGUCCACGUCUUUACCCAUCUCUGAUCCGGGCAGCCGAGGGCUCCUGUCACUAGACGCCUUCAGAAACCCCGCGUUCAGAGGACUUUUCCUCUUUCUUCUCCGCACAGAGGCGGGUUCAGGUGACACAAUAGAGCGACUGAGCACGCUCCACGACCUGCUGGCAGAGGCUGCGGAGUGGCCCAGAGUGGUUCAUUGUGCUCAGACCGUCCCUGUCCUGCUGCACGUCUAUUUCAACACAGUCAUUACGGUUGCUGACGAGAAGCUUUUAGCCCAUUUGAUUCUGGUGAUGCUAGAGAGGAGCAACCUGCUCCUCAACAUGCCCACAUACUGCAAAGAGAUACACAGGGUGUUCAGCUCCCAGCUUCUCCGGCUGUGCAAGCUCCACCCCUCCCUGGUGGUGGACCAGUCUCAGGAGCUGCUGGAGUUCGCAGGAGCCACAGCCAACGUCUACAGCAAAGAAGAAGUUUACACUCAUGUGGUGUGGGUUCUGGGAGAAUACCUGUCGCUGUCGUCUGACUCCCGCUGCUCCGUGCGGCUCAUCACUUCCUGUUUCGAAUCUCUGGAGGCUGUGCUGUUUGAGAUCACCUCCUCUGCCCCUCCCCCUGGGUCGGUGUGCCCCGCCCCUAAGGUCAUCACCACCUUGAUGAGCGCUCUGGCAAAGCUGGCGUCGCGAUCACACGACCUCAUCCCCAGGGUGUCCCUAUUCCUCUCUAAAAUGAGGAACGUAACCAAAGGCGGCUCGGUUCCCUGGUGCAGCGAUGAAGAAGACGUGGUCGCCAUAGUAACCCGAGGGGAGGAGUUGUGGUCGCUGCUGAAAACCCCGGGCGUGGCCCAGAGCGUUCUGACCCCGCCCCCCUACGUCAACGCCCCUCGAUGGCACAGAGACAGCAAUCUGGCCCUGCCCCUGCAGCUGCGGGCCCUCACCGCCCUCACACACUCGCCCUGACGCACAAACACCUUCAUGUCCUCAACAUUCACACGUCUGCACAUUCUUCCUGUAAAUAAAGAAAUAAAGUUCAUAAUAAAUGUUCUUUUUAUUGAU